AUGUUUCUGGAUCUAGCCCUCACAAAUGGUGAUCAGAUACUGUUCUACAUCACUGCGUUGCCCUUCCUGUUCUGGGCUGGAGAGCUGCAGCUGGCGAGACAGCUGACAUCGUUCAUGGCGUUCUGCAUCUAUGUUGGGAAUGCUGUCAAGGAUGCCAUCAGUGCACCACGGCCCGACUGGAAGAAGGGGGUUCGUUUCGUCGGUGGCAGCGGCAGCGACGGUUCGUCGACAGAUGAUAUGGAGUACGGCUUGCCCAGCACCCAUACGAUCAACACGGUCUGUAUGUGGCUGUACAUCUUCUAUUUCUACGCAAGCUCCACAAGCUACGGUGAUGGGAUCUCGGUGUACUGGAACACGUGGAGGUCUUUGCACUUGCAGCUGAUACUUUGUCUCAUCCUCGCUUGGUGUGGUUUCGUCAUGUAUGGACGGCUGUACCUUGGGAUGCAUUCGCCCAUCGAUGUUGUUGUUGGCCUUGGUAUUGCCAUGCUGCUGCUGCACGUUUAUGUCACCGUGGACGAUUUCAUCGAUGCAUGGAUGACUGCGACGACUGCCUUCGUCCCGGCUUAUCAGUUGGCCUUCGCAGUGGUUUUAUGUUGGACGUAUCCACAAGGAUUACAGCGGACUCCUUCUUACAAUUACGCCGUGUACUUCACAGGUGUUUGCUUGGGAGUUGUCACAGGCGUGUGGCGCUGCCCACAUCACCAUAGCGUUACAGCAGCGGAGGCGAUCAAGGCAGUGCGAGGCCCGAUGGCCAGCGUUGGCGCUUUUUUCUUCGUAGGACGGCGCUUCUUGGUCGGGCUUCUGCUUGUGCUUGCCUUGCGGGCAGCAAGCAAGGAGAUCUUGAAGCUGUUGGUGCCGCGAAUUUUCCAUGUUUUUGGGGUCCCUUGCUCGGAUCACGAGUCGACCAAGAAUCCCAUCGGCUACAACGUUCUUACACCAAUGCGGCUCUUGAAUUAUGCCGUGGUGGGCUGGACCGUUGUGGAGCCGUGCUUCGAUCUGUUCGAGUGGCUCAGAAUAUGA